CAGUCUGAGUGAUGUCAGACCUGAUCUCAUCUCUCCACUGAGAGCAUCAGACUGGUGAGUACAGCAUUACUAUAUGUGUUUUUCACACUUAUGAUAAAGAUGGAUUUGUCAGACUGAGGAUAAUGUAGAAGCACAUUUUUAUCUAGAAAAAAAACCCCAAGUUAAUUCACAGUGCCAGUACUAAGAAUUGUAAUAACAUUGGACUAAAGGAAUCCAUAGCUAUGGAUGAGUGGGACCCAGAGUCAUAUAAACGUUUAUCUAUCAUAUAUUCUCUGGUGGUACCCAAUGUGGUUUGGAGAAUUUGCACAAUGACAAAAAGACACAGGGUCUCAUAAUACAAUGUUAGUGGAAUAGUGUGUGUUGCAUGGAGGUUUAAGAACAUAAGAAAACGGACUUGUGAAAUACCUGCCAAUAUUUCGCAAUAUGGUUUUGACGUAACUGUAAACGAGUAUAUGGUCAUUCCACUCACAUGACCAGCUGUAGGCUGGACAACUGCCUGAGAUACAGUACAUGUAUAUAUUGUUUACAAGUGCAUGGAGCUUAGAUACUGCUGGAACCAUAUAAUGGAAGAUAUAAUGGAUUAUUGACAAUAACGGUUUGAGUGUUUGUAGGCUACAUCCAACAGAAUUGACACAUGCAGGUUAUGUAGAAUAUACUGGAACAAACCUUGCCUAGGUAGGCCUGUUACAAUCCCCCCAAAAAGGGGUUAUCUCUUAUUGGAGCAGUGGUUAGCAGGUUUUGCCUACAGGCUGGAAGACCUGGGUUCGAGACCUGCAAGGGGCAUUACAUUGUCGGCGUUUGCAAAAAUUGCAGGAUUGGUGGCAGUGGUGGGAUGUUGCAUUGGAGAGGGUCUUGGUAUAGUGAAGCGUGGGGACAAGUUCUACCGAAUGGAGCGGAUAGUGUAACAAACCUUGCCUAGGUAGGCCUGUUAUGAUCCCCCCCCAAAAGGGAGCAGUGGUUAGCUGUUCUGCCUAUGGGCUGGGAGUCCCGCAAGGGGCGUUACACUGUUGCCAUUUGCUACAAUAGUGAUUUAAACAAUUCUCACACCUUUUUUAGAUGCUUCCAGAGAUUUAAUGACAUAAUGUGUUGAAGAUUGUAUUUUUCAGGCAUGUUGAUAGUAUUGCGUGACGGCUGGCCAGUUGCUAUUUGAUGUAAAUUGUAUGAUUGCUAUGAAGUCAGUGCUUGGUGUGAGUAAGUACACUAAUGUGUGUGACUAUUGAUUAGCCUAUAGUGUAUGCAGAGAAGUCAAGUUGGUGUAUAUCUACUCUGAUUAGGUCGUAAUCUAGACUAGGCCCGCUGUAACAAAAACAAGUGUGUUUACAAUAGUAGUAAGAUUUGCAUUGGGUAUGCCAUACCUAUUUGGUAAAACAUGUACUUGUAGCAUAGUGUAGCCUAGGUUUUUGUGUAGUACUUUGAUUCUGAAUCUAUAUUGAGUCAUUAUUACUGAUGGUACCCCUUUAAGACUUUUAUUGUGAAGCACUUAAUUAUUCCCAGAAGUGACCUGUGUGUGUCCAGAGUGAAAGAGAAGAGCUUUGAUGUUGAUCUAAUUCCUAUUUGGCUGCGUUCUUGUGAUCGGAGAACUAAUACAAGAUAAAGUACUUUACCCUUUGUAACCAUGAGUUAAUUAAUUUAAAGAUCCACAAAUCCUCCGGAGGAGAUUUCAUAUAAUAUCCACGAUCAAGAAAUGUAAUUUACAAUAGCACUUGAGUUUGUAAAGUUCUAAGUAUUUGUAAGGUGUAAUGUAGGCCCAUACAUAUACUGUACAAUAUGUACAGCUCAGUAUUGCUGAGGAGAGUUACAAGUUCUGUCAAUCGAUGAGGGCUGAAGCCAAGGAAACAACAGCAACAUGAUACAUGAACAUCUUUGGGUCAUGUCCCACCUAAAGCUGUUUGAUUUUCUUCCUGGUAGUAGCGCAGACUUUAGCUGUGUUCAAGUAGGAACUGGAUACGGUUCACCAGUGGGACCCUCCUUACUUAUCAUUUGGGAAACAAGUAGCAGGCAUACAAGUAGCCAGGAUAGCAGGGUUGAGGUCAAUUCAAUUUUUAUUCAGUCACAUAGAGAAGCAUUGAGUAAAAUUGGAUUAGGAUUGGAAUUUCAGUUUAUUCCUGAAUUGACUGAAUUGAAAUGGAAUUGAGCCCAACCCUGAACGGUAGUAUUUUUCACUAUCGUUUGGAAAAUAAUGUUUAGGCCUACUAGGGACGGUCCGCAAACUCAAUCACUAAAAAGGUUUAUUUUAAAUGUUAAGGAACAUGAAGAUGGUCAUGUGAACGAACACAACAUUAUAGUCAUGUACCUGUUCAAAGUAAUCACAAUCUGUCACUGUCACAAUCUUACAUUUGUGUUUCAUUCCAAAUGGAUGCCAGGAAAGGACAGUCCAUGAGAUCAAUAUGAUAUUUUCAAGAUAUACAUUUAUACGAUUGUUUACUAAAACUCAAAUGAAAACAAAUCAUUCAUUGGGUGGGUAUAUCAUUAAGUUGAAAUGUCCAUUGAACAACAGGAAACAUCCCAGCUUGUGCUGAUAAUAUUAAAAAGCAGCCAAAAUGAUCAGGUUAUUCAGUUGCAAUGCAUACACAGAAUCUACUACAAUUCAAUAUCUAUAAUCCUGUCAGCCGAUAUUUAGUCAAGCUCAAAACACGUUAGUGGAUUAUAUCUGUAACACUUUAUUUAAAGGUCCGCUAAAUAGCUAAUAAACUAUUACUUGGUUGUAAAUCAUAAUAUGUCACUAAUUCAUGUAUUUGUUAACAUAUAUUUACAAAUACCUGUUGUCAUAUACAGUAUAAAUCAAGAACGGAAAGUUAUGCACAUGUAUUUACGUCAUGGUCAACUAACUAUGUAACAAUGAAGAUAAGCAAUUUAGGCAGACCUUAAAAUGUAUUAUUAUAAAAUGUUACGAUAGAAUCAUGGAUUUGGAAUACUCAAGUUGGUGCAGUCUUCAAUCCAGACGCAUUUAGCCCCAGGGCUGCAAAUCCCAGCAAAUGUAAUUCUGAAAACGGAAUUCACAAUAGUACACUCAAACAGAAAUGUACUUUUCAUAAAGUACUAUUUUUCAAAUGGUAUACAUUGUACUUGGAUUUGCACAUCACCCUGUGAAGUGAGUAAAUGUACAUACUUCUAUGGAUUUACGGUAUGACUUCAUUGUGAAUACAUUCAAUGCUAUAGUAUUCACCCCACAUUUUCAUCCAACAUGUAGCCUAAUCAGCAAAGUAUUUUAUAAAGCCACAAUAUGCACCAUUCAGAUAUUCUGAUAUUAUUCAGAUAUUCUGUUUAGAAUAUUUACUUACAUUUCAUUGGUUUGGGUUACUUGUAUCUAAUUGUGGGCCUAAACUGUAGUGUAUAUUACAGUAACACUAACCAGUACAGGUUUCAGUCUGAUUUCAGUCAUUGGACACUUGUGUAGCUUAAGCUACUAGUGUAGUUUACUGUUACGACACGUACAGUAUACUUGAGUACUGAAGAGCACUACUGACAACUCUGGCCUAUUAAAGGAAUUGGUGGAUGCCUAUGAACACAAAAGGAGAAAACCUGUUCAGUUAAAGUAAGACAGACUUUACACACAUAUUGUGUUAUCAACUAUAUCUAUAUUUUGGUAUUUUCUUGCAGGUGCAUUGAAAAAAUUGAGAACAGCCAUUCAGGCUGAGGCAGGUGCUUCCUUUGGUUAGUCACUAGAAAUAUUCUCAUGUUUCCAAUACUGUGCAAGCGAGGGAUACUUUUCAUAAUGUGACACAAGGAUUCCCUUGUUCAUACUUUCAUAAACAUGACUAAAAUCUCUCUCUCUCUCUCUCUCUCUCUCUCUCUCUCUCUCUCUCUCUCUCUCUCUCUCUCGCUCUCUCCGUUGAUUAGUUUUCUCCAUUCAAAGUAAGACUGAGAUAUUGUGUUUGACAUUUGGUCCUCCCUCUUGUGUUUCCACUUGGGUUGUCAUUUUUAAUUCUAGCAGACAUACGUCAGCUUAUGACAAGGUUUUUAUGGUGAUUACAAAACAUAAUUUCACCCGAUUCACAACAAGUGUUCGAUGUGGUUUGCUAAAAAUACCCCAUGCUAAAUUAUUUUGGCAAUUGUUUCAUAAUUCUGAUGUUUCAGUAAUGUGACCUUCUUUUCCUUAUUCACCUGUAGAGAGCUGAAAGCUCUCUCGGAUAUGUUUAAAUACAGACAAUUAGAUAUUACUUGCUUUUAUUUAAACAUUUUACUGUGCACUUUACUGUAAACAUACAUUGAGUUGGAGUAAGUACAUUGGAGUUCAUACAUUGGAACAAGUAGUUUUCAUGCAGGACACUUAACAGUGCAUUCGGAAAGUAUUCAGACCGCUUCCCUUUUUCCAAAUUUUCUUAAGUUACAGCCUUAUUCUAAAAUUGAUUAAAUAAAACAUUUUCCACAUCAAUUUACACACAAUAACCCAUAAUGACAAAGCGAAAACAGGUUUUCAGAAUGUUUGCAAACGUAUUAAAAAAUAGAAAUACCUUAUUUACAUAAGUAUUCAGACCCUUCGCUAUCAGACUCUAAAUGUAGCUCAUGUGUAUCCUGUUUCCAUUGAUAAUCCUUGAGAUGUUUAUACAACUUGAUUGGAGUCCACCUGUGGUCAAUUCAAUUGAUUGGACAUGAUUUGGAAAGGCACACACCUGUCUAUAUAAGGUCCCACAGUUGAUAGUGCAUGUCAGAGCAAAAACCAAGCCAUGAGGUCAAAGGAAUUGUCCGUAGAUCUCCGAGACAGGAUUGUGUCGAGGCACAGACCUGGGGAAGGAUACCAAAACAUUUCUGCAGCAUUGAACUCCCAAGAACACAGUGGCCUCCAUCAUUCUUCAAUGGAAGAAGUUUGGAACCGCUAAGGCUCUUCCUAGAGAUGGCCGCCUGGCCAAACUGAGCAAUCGGGGGAGAAGGGCCAAGAACCCGAUGGUCACUCUGACAGAGCUCCAGAGUUCCUCUGUGGAGAUGAGAGAACCAUCCAGAAGGACAACCAUCUCUGCAGCACUCCACCAAUCAGGCCUUUAUGGUAGAGUGGCCAGACGGAAACGACUCCUCAGUAAAAGGCACAUGACAGCUCGCUUGGAGUUUGCCAAAAGGCACCUAAAGGACUCUCAGACCAUGAGAAACAAGAUUCUCUGGUCUGAUGAAACCAAGAUCGAACUCUUUGGCCUGAAUGUCAAGUGUCACGUCUGGAGGAAGCCUGGCACCAUCCCUACGGUGAAGCAUGGUGGUGGCAGCAUCAUGCUGUGGGGAUGUUUUUCAGCUGCAGGGAUUGGGAGACUAGUCAGGAUCGAGGGGAAGAUGAUCGGAGCAAAGUACAGAGAGAUCCUUGAUGAAAACCUGCUCCAGAGCGCUCAGGACCUCAGACUGGGGUGAAGGUUCACCUUCCAACAGGACAACGACCCUAAGCACACAGCCAAGACAACGCAGGAGUGGCUUUGGGACAAGUCUCUGAAUGUCCUUGUGUGGCCCAGCCAGAGCCCGGACUUGAACCCGAUUUAACAUCUCUGGAGAAACUUGAAAAUAGCUGUGCAGCGACGCUCCCCAUCCAACCUAAUAUACAGGUGUGCCAAGGUUGUAGCGUCAUACCCAAGAAGACUCAAGGCUGUAACUGCUGCCAAAGGUGCUUCAACAAAGUAUUGCGUAAAGGGUCUGAAUACUUAUAUAAAUCUGAUAUUUCCGUUUUUAAUUGUUAAAAAAAAAUUGUUUUCUUUGUCAUUAUUGGAUAUUGUGUGUAGAUUGAUGAGGAAAAAAGUAAUGUAAUAAAUGUUAGAUUAAGGCUGUAAUUUAACAAAAUGUCGAAAAAGUCAAGGGGUCUGAAAACUUUCAGAAUGCAAAAUACAUAAAAUUCAUCAUUUUACAGCAUGAAAACACAGAGGUUUCAAAAGGCCUUGAACAAAGUUUACCUACAUGAACUGUGUAUUGCAAAAAAGAUGCUUUCACAAUCGUUUAAGAAAAUGUCACGUUUGUUAUUCUUAGCCUCUCUUUCCACUGACAUUUAACUGUUAUUUUUUUAAACACAAGAAAAGAACAGAGUUAAAGUAUGAUUGAAUGGGACAGAAAACGCAAAGGGAACAGUACCAGGUACCUCCCCAUCUGUCUUGGUCACAGAUCUCUUCAUGUCUCAGUUCGACUGCCUUCCGUAGCAAACAUACAACCAGGCGCUCCAGUGGCCGAAUGGACCAUCAGAUAUCUGAUGUGUUAGAGAGAGAGAGAGAGAGAGAAAGAGAGAGAAAGAGAGACUCAAUGUAUAGGAAAGAGGGGAACAUCUUAAGAGGAAUUAGGGAUGUCUCGAAAAACAAUUCACCCCCUCUUUUCUCCCUACCCCCCACACUAUCUCUCAUUCUCUUUUUGGUAAUGACUUUGUGUGGUGUGUGCACAACACCUUCAAAUCGUUAGGUCUCUGACUAACGAGGGAGUCCUCACUUUCAGGUGUUUUCCACAGGAGAUUCUUUGGUCAAUUUUUUAUCAUGUUUUCUCAUUCCCAUGCUGCAUCAGAAAAUAUAAUUACAACAAACUUUGCAUGUUUGGUAAUCUGAGACAACAUGUGUGUAUUUCUAUGAGUCUUUGCAUAACAUAUCUUACUGUAUUUGAACUUUGAACUGCUUUUGCCGUCUUUCACAUUUUUUGAGUGAGGAUGAUGGUGUCCUUGAACCAGUACAUGUUCGACAGAGGUCCUGCGCCUAACUUCUGUAUUGAUGUGUAGAGUGUUAGUAAAACCGUUAUCAAGACCUUUAUUCAUGCAUCAUUCUAAAGUCCUACCAAAAGGCCCAAGUAGGUGAUAAUUCAGAGACAGGGAGUGUUCAACCCUUUUUUCAGUUAAUCUCAGAACAGAGCGAGGCAGACAAAGAGAGCAUGAAAGAAUGCAAACCUCAGAGAGAGAUGAGACGUGAGUGACAUGUUUGUUUAGUGCUUGUUGUGGUUCUUGUCUCCAAACCACCUGAGCAGUGUUUCUCUAGUACAGGUAACUCUUCAGUUGAACAAUGGUUUUAGUGGCCAUAGAACAUCAAGGCAUUUGUAGUCAAACACACAUUCUUCAUGGUGCUAGAUAGAAAACAGGUUCUCGUUAGAAAACACUAUGAUAAUUCUUGCCCACACUCAAAUGUACAAACACAUUGUGAACCUUUGUCAGGUCAACCUUUUUGUCCUUGCCUAUAUAUUUAACUUAAAAGAUGGUCUUGGAUUGUUAGACAGUUUCUUUGGGGCAUUUUGCAGACGCUUUUAUCCAGAGCAAUUAGGGUUAAGUGCUUUUGCUCAAGGGCACAUUGACAGAUUCUUCACCUAGUUGGUUCAGGGAUUCGAACCAGCGACCUCUCGGUUAUUAGCCCAACACUCUUAACUGCUAGGCUACCUGCCGCCUAUGUUCUCUUUCCCAUAAAGACACAGUAAAGCCAACAUACUAUUUGAUUGCACGUUGGAUACUUUUUGUUGUUGACUUUUAGGCUGCGAUGUCUUUACCAACAGUCUUGAAAUGCCUUUACGUGGACAAGUUACGCGAGCACACCUCAAGUUUAUCUCUAGACUUCAGCUCUAAGAGUUUCAUAUACAGUAACUUGUAAUGCAGGUAGCUAGGAACAUAUAGAUGAACAGGUGGUAUAUGGGGUUCUGGGGUUCUACUGUAGUAUUGAGUGCAGACAUGAUCCCACUUUCUGCAGAGCUACGAACUAAGGUGGGUAUAUACAGCAUGGGGAGGCACAUGUGAAGGGCACACAGGUGUUUCUUCCAAGACAACAGUUAGAACCUGCUGGGCUUUAAAGAAAAGUAACCAAAUAGGGUACGCAUUAGACUCAAGGGACUUGCUAUUGCUUUGGGUUUUAUAUUGAACUUAGUAAAACAUGCAAUCAUAGUUGUAGAGUGAAACAGAAAAGUGCCAUCAAGCUUCCAUUCACUUUAUUACAUUUAGUUAAUCUUCAUUGAGGUAGCAUCGAUUAAUGAUUAUGCAUGACUCUUUCCAAAAUGUAGUGUAGAUGUUUGGACUUGAAAGAACAUUUUUGAUAUUGGUAUAUAGUACUCGAUCAUUUGUGUCAGAGUUAUUUCAGUUAUCUCAACUCUUUCUUGUCGAAAUUGUGCACCACCAAAUUUGCCUAGAGGUGAAUUUUACAUAGCUUAAUACAUGAAUCGAACUUGACAUUGAUUUAAUAGAAUAGAUCAUUGUUAUUCUCAAAGUGGAAUGAGGUUCAUAAUGUAGGAGAUUGUCCUCACACAGGGCACCAAUUGGAAAAGGUGUGUUAAGAAUGACAAAUUAUGAGUUAUGUACAUGAGUUUAGAAUCAUUGUGAAGAGGUUUGAAGUAAUUUUAUUAUCUUGUAAAAGUUGUGACUCUGGGUUGGGAAUUGAAUAUCAAUGAGUACAUUGUUCAAGGUAUAUGUCUAAUUAUGAUUAACAGUAGCACGACUAUGUGGUCAAUAUUAAAUACAUAGCCUACUGAUACAUUCACAUCAAAUCUGUGUGAAUAUUUCAAGAUGCAAUCUACAAUAGUUCCUGCUGUUCAAUGGUCAUUUCAAUUAAUUAUAUAGUCUACGUUCAACUGCUCUUAUUCAUGUACCCAAUCUCGUGACGUUACCGUGUUGCUUUUACCAACAAAAAAACAAUCAACCAAAUCACAUGAAAUAUGAAUUCUUCUUUAAAUUAUUAACUUGUUAAUGUGUGGAAAUGUAGGCUACAAAUCUGUUCAUGAAUUUGUGGGUUAAUGAUUACAUUUCAUAACCAAAAAUGGUCUGAUGGUGGUCAUUGGAAUAAGGAUGGAUUAUGCGCUUUCAAAAUGGAUCCUGCUAAAUAUGGUGUUAUCUUUUUCAAGGGUUCAGUACCACAGAUUCAUUGGCCAGGUCCAUUUGUCUUGGCUUUCAGUGGUCAGCUUUUUUGAUUAAGCUUUUUUAGAGCAUUAUUAUAAGAUCUUAAAUCUGAUGCUUUGUUAAACGUUGUUUAUUUCAAAGGCCUAGGAAUCUGAUUUAGCCCUAUAAUCGGUACACCUAGUUAACCUUUUACUGCAGUGGGCUAAAUCAGGGUCACACAGAGUGUUUCUUGGUAGUCUUGAACAAAUCUACUUUGAAAUAAAGUAUACACCUCACACACGGUUAUCGGCUUAAAAAAAGAAGACACCUGUACCAUGUCAGAUAUAGAGUUGAAAUGUAUUCCAUUUUGAGUUUGCAUCCCAAUAUUACACUUUAUAUACAUCACAGAAUACUGAAAUAAAACAAAACCGUUCGUCAUAGAAACACCGGAUUUUCGGCAUUAAAAAAAGGUAUGAUUAUUAAUUUUGAAAUUAUGAAAAAUAUGAAUAACAUAAUUUAACUCCAGGAAAGGGCUACAUAUAUAUAUAUAUAUAUAUAUAUAUAUAUAUAUAUAACGACGUCAGUUUUGGUAAUUUUACGGAUUGAAUAAACAUGAGCUGCAGCCACCCAGUUUCAUGUUUAAUCUGUUGUUUGAUUAUAUACAAUGAAACAAGAGAGAUACGUAUUUGUUUGUGUUUCUAUUUUGCUUGUUUCUCUCUACCGAUUUAAGUUCUGUCUAAUGUAGAUGAAACCUGUGACUGAGCAAAACAUUUGCAAUUUUAUGGCCCGAGUGAAGCAGUGUACGGUGUUAGGGGGUUGCCAAAUAACGACUGGCAUAAGUAAAUCAAAUAGACUGACUAUUGUUGACAUGUGGGUUAAAAUAAUAUUGAUGAUGAUAAUAACAAUGAAGAUAAUAAUAAUGGUUAAAAUAAUAACUAUUAUGUAGCCUAUUAUGUUAUUGCGGGCUGUUACUGCGCUAACAUGCUAGCGAAAAUUUUUGCUAAGAUAGUCCACCCUUUCUUCAGCCAAUUAAAAAUGUCAUUGUUUUAGUCUUAAUGCACUUGACCAAUAACUGUACAUUUCCUGAUUCUUUUUAGGCCAAUCAGUAGUGAGGGAGGUGCAACAGGGUUUAAAAGCAAAGUUGUUUCUCUGAAAAUCAACAUUUCCGCCUGGCUCUUCAUCAUCGGCGAGGGACUCUCAACGCUAUCCACUGAACGUAAGUAUAGAAAAGGAUGUUAACUAAGAUGCUAGAUGUAAUAUGGUAUAAUAACACUCUAUGAUCAUUGAUUUGUGGUAAACAAUGUAAAAGUAUUGAUGUAAUAACUCUAUUAAUCAUUGUUAUGACUGCUCGUAGUAGACCAUCAAGUGUCUAAAUCAGACAACUAUCUUUACAGAGAAAACAUAUAUAGGUUUCUUUUGCAUUCAUGAAUGCAGAAUAUUGUAAUAAUUAUUUCACCUUCAUAAAAUGUUACAUGAUGUCCUAGUGCGUAUGCCCGCUUUGCAUUUACAGUAAACUAAAACCUGUUAACUUAACCUUAAACUAGAAUAAGAGAGGUAACAAGUGCGUUUCAGAUAAAUGUUGAAAUAGUGGUCAACCAAAUGUAUUUGUCCACUGAUGUAUUCACCUGUCGUGCUACCACGGUAAAUAGACAUUUCAUGGUUUCAUUGCCAUUGUAUUUUACAACGUUUCGCAGACAUUUCAUGACGACUUUUUAAUGUACUGUAAAGGCCCUCUCUGAACUGAUGCUCUCAAAUCAGAGACACUCCUCUUUGCACUAGGCCUAUCUGGUCCCAUUGAAAGUCAAUCCCUUGGCUUACAGAGGUGACAUGGCUAACACACACCUUACAUACAAGUCAUAAAGGUUCAACAUUCAUACUCAUAUUACUUAUACUGAUAAGCCUUAUGGGGAACAAUGAUUUAGUCCGAUUUUGCAUUCCAUCAUAUGUUUUGUACUGCGUACAAUUAAUUUGCAGGGAUCAGAGUUCCAACACCUUAAAAUGGGAGACAAUUCUGUAAGAUUAUUCCUUCACCUUUUUACAUAGACUGAGUGUGGGUAUGGAUGUGGGUAUGCAGACCCGCGAGCCACUGUGGCCCCUCAUAAUGAGUUCAGAUUGUUGGUGGCUCCCACCCGCAUCAAAGUUGCCCAUCCCUGGUCUAGAACAUCAAAGGAGGAGCAAACAUGUUCAAAGGUUUGGGAUCCGCAAAAGAUUGCCCAAUUGAAUCACAUAUAGUAACACACAUUUCCAAUUUCCCAAACAACAUGGAUCAUCUGAGUCUCUUUGCGGGUAGAGCAGCAGCUCAUCAUAACAGGAAACUCUCAUCAGAGAAUAUAGAUGCAGAACUCCCUCAAAGGGCAACUAUCUUAAAGGGUAAUACAUGUCUUAUGACUCUAUAGGCUCCCAGGCUAUUCCACCGCCAUUUUGUCAAAUGUAAACAAGCUUUCUGUAAGGCAAAGAGCUAACAAAGAGGAGGAGACAGACUAGGAGCGGUGAAAAUCGGCAUUAAAGGGAUUAGAAACAGAGAAAGUCUGCAUUCAGUGAACAUCUGUGCCGGUAUACAGCACCAACAAUACCAUCUGGUUACAUGACUCUCUUAGUCGAUUGAGAUAGGUCCCCAGCUCAGAAACUAUGAGUUACGCAAAUGGAUUUCAAGUUAGGAUUCAGAACUUUCAGGAGCCUUGUGCUACAUAUGUAGGAUCUUAAUUUGAGCCAGUUUGCUACAGCAGGAAAAUUAUCCCAUAGCAACAGGACAUCGUGAAUUAUUAUGUGGAUUAUAAUUAAUGGACAUUUUUGUAAGGGAUUGAUUAAAAAAAUUGUUAGGGCAAAUCAAGUUAGACAUUUCUAAGUGGAAACUAUAAACUUUAGAAGCCUUUGAAACCUCAAAUACACUAAACGUUUGCAUUUCCUGCUGUGCAUGACAAUUCUCAGCAACAAAAGACUGAUCAAAUUAAGAUCCUACAUCUGUAUAGUUGUAAUAGCCGUGUUUCAGUGAAUUGUUGCUCAUGUCUGUGCCUGACUGGGCACAGAUGUCAGCUCAACAUCUAAUUUUGAUUUACAUUUGGAUGAGUUGUCAACUAACGUGAAUUCAACAAAAAAAUUCACCAUCAUUGGCUUUAGGUUAAAUGUUGGGUGAAAAAAAUUCCCUUACGUUGAUGACUUUUUGCAAAUUCAAACAGUUUUACACGCUGAUUCAACGUCAUCACAUUUAAUUAUUUUGUUGAAAUGAUGCGGAAAUCAUUUUCUUCAGCCAGAGUAAUGAGACAUUAUAUCAGUAGCUAAAUUAUAAUGCGCUCCCAGAAAAAGGAAAAUCGCAGGCUAAUUUGAGAGAUAACGACACACACUCCCACUCCUUGUCACAGAGAGGAAAGUGCUGCACUCGUUCCCCUGACGUGGCCAGAAUAAACCCACGUUUGUCUGAAGGAUCCUUGGGUGUGAUAUUAUAAAAAGUGUGAUGGUGAUUGUAGGUCUUUGCCUGUUUCUGAGGAUGUAUGAGCGUAGAGUGCAUGAGUGUUGUGAGUCUGUGUGGGUGUCUUUGUGUAGGAGAAUACUUUGUGUAGUGUGUUUGAACAGAGGGCCUGUGUGUGUGUGUGUGUGUGUGUGUGUGUGUGUGUGUGUGUGUGUGUGUGUGUGUGUGUGUGUGUGUGUGUGUGUGUGUUACUGACUGACUAAGUACAGUAACCUAAAACCUAGGCCAUUGAGUACAGCUUUAAAGAUCUCCCUCUUUAUGAAAACCAUUUUAAAAAAACACAAAUCUGAAAGGCCUGUGUACAAAAAGGUGGUCUACUUAGUAUGCCUGGUCAGGUUUAGGAGGUGACGUGAUGCUCAGUCACUGGACCAGUUAUAUCGCUUGCUGCAGGAGAGUACAGGCUUCCCCUGUUCCUUCAAGAGGAAAAUAACUUUUCUAUUUCAGUUACUGUAGCCUGUCCCUUGGGCAAAACACCAGCUUCCGUCGUAGCACCAGUGAAGGACCCCUCUGGCAUUGCAGUAUCUCUGAAAUGUUUAAGGGCUCAGGAAACUGUGAUCCCCUUGUGGCAGAGGUGAAGAACCUCCCACUGCCAUUGUUCCUGCCUCAUAGCAGGACUCCUCAGGCAAUUCUGUAGUCAGCCCAUAUCUCAAGAUAGCACUCAGGAAUCAGAAGAUGUGUUUCAAUGUGCUGAAUCCGAACAUGUGGAAACUCUCUUAGAUAUUUCUGUUGGAUGUUUCUUUGGCGAUGCAACAGCUCUGGUCACCAGCCCCUCAGGCAAUGCAGUACAGUAGCCUUUGAUAAGGAAGGACCCCUCAGGCAAUACGGUAAUCAAAGGUGUCCUUCUCCAUGUAGUCAGUUCAGGUAGAGGAGGGCAUGCUGCGGUAAGGGUCGAGCAAGAUACGGAAGCAGCGUAUUAUCAGGAGGCCCAGGACGAGGAAGAGGAUGAGGACAAAGAUGAAGGCUGCCUUCGCCUCCAAUGUCAACAAAGAGGACGAGGACAGGUCUGAUUCAGAGGCAGUCAGGGUACUGCUCAGGAAAUCCUCAUCCAUCUUGGGCAAAGUUGGGUCACUGACAAACUCUCCCUCCUUCUUCACCCUCACCACCCGUCACACAAGCACUGAGGAGGGCAUCUCGGUGUGGUAGGUAGAGGGAUAGUGAAGCUGCUGGCGCCUGCCAGGCGACAAGUCAGCUCUCCCACGCUGCCUCUCUUUACGCGAAAAAUCGUCAUGCAGACUUGUGCCCUCAUGGAGAUUCCGUGCAGUGGAUAAUUAAUACUGAGGUAUUAAUUUGUGAUACUUCACUAGGCUAAAACAAGGUUUACUCUUUCAUUCGUGUCGGUCAACCACUGAAAACAUAAAUGUGUCAAACUUUGUCUGCCUCUUCUUUUCCAUUUGGUGGAAUUUCAACCAUGCUCCGUCUUCUCUGCUUCCCACCCCUCCUCGUGCACUUCUCCAAAAGACUGGAUAUAUAUUUUCCCCCAUGUAAUAAUUAUGUGGGCGCUUAUAUUUGUCCUAUUUCACACAUGUACAAGUGUGUAUUAUACACGUGUGAAUAGUUUUUUUGCAUAUCCCAACUUCCCAAGAGACACCCUCAGAGAGUGGGGUCACGGCCAGCCAUUAUCAACAGCUACCCUGAAGCAAUUAGGGUUAAUUGCCUUGCUUAAGGGCACAUCAACAGAUUUUUCACCUUUUCGGCUCAAGGAUUCAAACUAGCAAUCUUUCAGUUACUGGCCUAACGCUCUUAUGGCUAGGCUACCUGACGCCCAUAUGGUAGCACUUACCCUGGUAUCAAGUUCACCUUCCAACACACUAUGAUGAUUACCUUGGUUCUUGAUUUUGAUUUUACCAAGAUAACAAUCUACUACUAGUAUAUUGUUGUAUAGUACUCCCCCGUACCCUUCUGUCUUCUACUGGAUAAUGUUGGAUAACAUGCCAGCUCAUGGCAGGUAUAACUGUGUUUUAUUCAUGCACAUAUUCGUAGUUUGGUGGAGUAAUUCUAAAAUGUUAAAUUCAGUAGAUCAUGAUCAUCCCCUAAGGGGAAAUUGUUUGCAGCCUAGUUGACAGAACACACUGUACGGUUGAAACCUGAAGAGCACUUUGGAUGUGGACUAAAGUUUUUCAGGCCUGAUUAUAUUACAUUCUUUAAAUUGCUCCUGAUAACUCUAUGCUACCUUUAAGUGCACAUCCCUAUCAUGACAUUCCGAAGCUGUUACAUUUAUCAGUAGCUGACUGUACUCCGUUCACACACAGGUUAAAACAUUGAGAAUUGUCUUAAAAUGAAAAGAGAUUAAAAGGUGCAGAAUGCUUCAGACAAAAAUUCUGAAAGUACCCACAACACACCUAAAACUAUCAUGCACGCACGCACGCACGCACGCGCACACACACACACACACACACACACACACACACACACACACACACACACACACACACACACAUUCACACACGUACACACAUACAUGUACACACACACAUGCACACACAACACAGAAAACAGAAUAAAAAACUACCAUAGACCACACUCCCGGCGUACGACUGCCAUUGUGGUCUUUUUUUUCAUUCAUCAAGUGUGGAGAAAUCCGCCUUUCGUGGAAUAGAGGAGGAAGGGAGGGGGUGAGUGAGUGAGAGGAGAGGAGGGGAGGAUAGGGAUAUGAAUCUACACUUCGUGAAAUCAGGGCCCACCACAGCCUCAGCAUUCGCCCCCUCUCUCUCCUCCCCCAUCCCUCUCUUUUUUGUGUGUGUCUCAACCAAAGCCCACCACAAAGCUACUGCUUCUCUCCCUCUACCUUUCUUCAUUCUUCCUCUUCUUUUUAUCUGUCUCUCAACUUCUCUAAAUCAGAGACCACCACAAACCCCUUCCUUUCUUUUUUUUUUUACUCUGAUGAUGUAUCACACAACAAGAAUCACUGUCAUGUGAAUGGGAAUCAGUCAGGGUUAAUUUACUCAAAUUUUAGUCAAGUAAAUUAAAUUAAUUUAAUGUGAAUCAGUGAUUAUCUAAAUACAUGUGUUUUAAAUGGGUUAAAGAAGGCAUUUACAGUACAUAACAAAUGGGAGAAACAGAAAUUGGGUCUCUUCAGUUAAAGCUUUUGCUGACUUUAUUGAACAGAAAAUCGAAAUACUGUGAUACUGUAGGUUAUAAAAAGUAUAGCUAUAUGUUAUUGUUUUAUCUUUUAUAUUCCAAGAUCAACCAGUACUACUUGAUGAGAACUGUCGAUUUGUUUCCACAGUAUUUGAUCUUGGGUGACAGGAAAUACAUUACUAUAGCAAGCCGUCAUAAUCAGCUUUUGUUGCUCUUUGUUUUCAGGAGAAAGUACAAAAUGAAGUGUGUUUCUGGGUUCCUUUCCAUCCUUAUUGCUUUGUUCAUCUCUUCAACAGGUAAGAGAGAAUUUUCAGAAAUGAUGUAUACUCUAUGUUAUAUUAUAUAGCAACAGAUACAUUUCUGUAAAGGUAACUUACUAUUGGACUUACAGUAUACUGUAUAUAUCUUGUCUUCUGUGUUCUCUCUCAGGGGCUGAAGAUGUGGUGGUGUAUGGUCAAGUGGGAGGGACGGUCACACUCCCCAGAUCGAAGUGGGGUUCAGAAAGGGUGUGGGUAAAAUGGUACUUUGGGACGGACACACAAGCUGUGAUAUCCCGCAACGCCUAUGGUCAAGAGAUGACAAGGUGAGUGAGAUUAGUGUUAGAGGGUAUCCAUCUUUAAUAGAGUGUGACCUUUUUUGAGCCAUUAACAUACUGAGCAAAACAGUAUUUGGUAGUUGACAGCUGGUUCUUUUUUUAUCUGAUUUUGACUAGCUUACAAUUUGAGGGUUGCUGGCAUCAGAAUCUCAGGUGCCUACUGCUGUAGUGCUCUUGAGCACUUAACCCCUGUUCUGCUCAGGGUUACUGCUCUGCCUCUGCAGGUGGCCCUGUGCUGCUUCCAUAUUCUCAUAUGUUUUUGUGGUGUCCAGGUGGGUUGGGAAUAAAAUAAGACAGCAAAAAUACACAUUUCUGAUUCACACUACUACUACUCUGUAUUAAUCACUUGAUUAUUGACAUGCAGAUCCAUCAUGGAAAGACAGGCUGUCUCUGUCAAGGACUGACUUCUCCCUGAUCAUCAACAAUAUCAGACUGGAGGACUUCAAAACCUUCAAAUGUGAACUGAAUGAUCGCAGUCCACCAAUACCUACCUCAGUCACCACAUUCAGACUGUUCCAUGGUAAGUGCAGAGUGAAAGAGAGAGGGGAUUUCUAUCUCAUGACAGUGUUAUGAGAAAGAUGAGGAAGGAAAUUGAACAUUGUGUUCAGUCACCAUCAUGUGGGGUAAACAAGUACUGCACACACACAAAUGUAUACAAAUGUACCUUUGUAUACCCUCUCUCUCUCUCUCUCUCUCUCUCUCUCUAUAUUUCUCGUCUUUCUCUCCCUCUCUCUCUCUCCAUCUCCACCAUCUCUCCUCUCUCAGUGAGUGUACAACGGCAAGACUCUCCCCUGUUGGCUGGGGAGACUCUUACUCUGAAGUGUGACAUAGAGAAAAUAUUUGAGGGUAUGCAGAUAAGAUGGCUUAGUCCCCAGAAACAGGACCUGAAAAAAGACACGCGUGCCCAGAUCACAAAUGACGUCCGCCUGACAGUAAGGAUGGUCACUAGCCAAGACCAUGGAGUGUGGACCUGUGUGGUGACAUACCAGGGCAGGGAAGCCCAUGCCAACACCCCUGUUACUGUAAUGGGUGAGUGUUAAAUUAGAUAAAGUGGUUUAUGGUCAUCUAGAUUAAAUCAUUUGAAUAAAAGGUCAAAUGUCUUCAGACUGAUGUUAAACUGUCCCUUAUUGUCUCAUUGUCUCAUUCUCUAUCCCUCUCUCUCUCUCUCUCUCUCUCUCUCUCUCUCUCUCUCUCUCUCUCUCUCUUUCACUCUCUUCCCUCCUCAGACCUCUCCCCUGCUCUUCCAAAGCCUGUCUACACCUCUGUCUCCUCCCACUCUUUUCUCAAUCUUCCAUGUUCCUUUUCCAUUCCUCCUCAUCUGUCCUGGUCAGACCUCCAGGCUAAGGGCAUCCGGGGAGGCCGCUGGACCUUUACCCCGAGCCCAGCGGCAGGCUCCUUCACUGGGGUUGUCCAGACCCUCGUCAACCUCACCCUGGGGCCUCCAUCAGCCUGGGUGGUCCUUCAGAACAAAGGGCUGGAUGUCUCAGCCCUGCUGAGGAACAAUCUGAACCUCACCCUGUUGAAGAAAGAGGUGACGGAGGAGGACAGGGGCGAGUACACCUGCGCUGUGGAGUUCCAGGGGGAUCUCAUCCUGAAUAGAACAAUGUGUGUGGAGGUGCUACAGGGUAAGUUAAGCUUUGUGGCAGUCCUGAAAAAAUGUCCUUCUCCUUCCUUCCUACCCUCUUUACUUCCUAACUUCGCUUCCUUCCUCCCUCCUUUAACCCUCCCCUUACUUAUUUCCCCCCUAUUUUCUGCGUACAAAGUGAGGAGUGACAAAUCACUUUGAUUUUUCAGCUCUCAAUUGUUCAAUGAGUACCUCCUGGCGUCUAUCCCUCUUUCUCCCUUCAUUGUCAUUCAAAUCCUUGUCAGACCAUCGUCAUGGCAAUGCUAUUCCUCCUUUCUCUGCUUCUGUUUAUUGCACCCAGCCAGUUUUCUCAUCUCCUUCUGUCGUUCAAUGGGAACAUUCUGUCCCCGGUAUAUUGUGUCCUGUGUCUAAUUCAGUGGGUAAUACACUUGUCUGGCUCCACUUGUUUUAAUAGGGUAUAAUGAGGUUUCUCUCUGCCAGGAUAAUAUGCCAGCUGAAUGAAUACUAAUCAAUUUAUUUUGUUUCUCCACGUUUAUUUUUAUUUUUUUUAUUUUGUCUGUCUCCGCCUUUAUCACAUCAAACUGGUAAUCUUCUCUCUCUCUCUCUCUCUCCUCUCUCUCUCUCUCUCUCCUCUCUCCUCAGUAAUCUCUCCAUCCUCUCUCUGCUCCCUCGAUCUCUCUCUCCUCUCUCCGUCUCUCUCUCUCUCUCUCUCUCUCUCUCUCUCUCUCUCUCCCACCUCCCCUCCUCUCUCUUUUCUUCUUCCUCCCUCUUUUUCUCUCUCUCUCUUUCUCUCUCUCUCUCUCUCUCUCUCUCUCCUCUGUCCAGUGUUUUUCCUCUUCAGGUCCAGUGGCCUUUGUAGGUCAGGAGGUCAACCUCACCUGCACCCUGGGCCACCCUCUGAACUCUGACCUGGAAGUGAAAUGGAUCCCACCACGCCACUCCUCCCUCCUCCCUUUACGCUCCUCCCCCCACCCCGCCCUUCUCACCAUCCCGGAAGCAAGGGAUGGAGAUAGUGGGAGGUGGAGGUGUCAACUGAGUAGGAACAAAACCCUGCUGACGUCAGUGGAUAUCACACUGAAGAUCGGUGAGAAAGGAGAAACAGAAAGUGACAUGGUCAGGAUGUGGUUAGGGUGCGUGGUCAGUGUGUGUGUAGAGGUUAGGGUGUAAUUAGCCUCACUAGCCAGUGGCCACGCUUACUGCAGCACUUUAAAUAGUAUAGUACCACAGUACUACUACAGUAAUUAAGUAGUAGAUGUACUUAUAGCAGACAGUACUAUAAGCCUUUAAAGAAGGAAGCUCUGAUGUGUGCUUUGCACACCUACCUUACGGGUAUGUUAUUCAGUGUGUGGUUAUGAGUAAAGAGGCCUAAUUUCAGAAAUACAGUAUAUCACUUUUAAAAAAUUAUAAUACUAUUAUUGAAAACCAGAUACUGUCAUAAGCUAAUAUAUCUUUAUUGAUUUGAUAGGCUGGAAACAAUGUAAAGUUAUGAAUGUAGAACUUGCAUACUGAUUCUGUCUCUCUUGAUGUUGUUCUGAUGGACAGAGCGAGUCCCCGUGGACGUGUGGCUGUUGUUCACCAUCUGUGCCGCAGCCGUCAUCUUCAUCCUCCUCCUCAUCCUCACUGUCAUCCUCAUUCGACGCCACAGACAGGUACACUUUGGUGAUUUAAUCAGAUAUUUAUUUUAGCUUAAAAAUAUACUUACUAUCUCUUACAUUUUGCUGUGUCUUGUUGGUACUGUUACUGAGAUUUCCUGUGUGUAUGUGUUUAUGUCGGUUUUCAGCGGGUGAUGCUGCCCAGACGUGGCAAACGCAGAUUCUGCCACUGCAAAGAGUGAGUGUAAUUUCCUGCACACGCACACACACACACACACACACACACACACACACACACACACACACACACACACACACACACACACACACACACACACAUACACACACACACACUCAGACCCUCAAGUUUGGUUAGAUUGAGGGCUAAAAAGUAUUUGUAUUGGCCUUGAAUUUGCAAACUUGUUCAAGGUGACGUGUGUUCAAGGUAGAAGCCUAAACUUAUUCUCCCUCUCUUGCCAACUAAAUUCAGAGUAAAACACGAUUUUUGUUGCCUUGGGUUAUCUGUUGCACCUCCCAUAUUUGAGAAAUACUGUGUGAGAAUGGUUAUUUACAGUGCUAACCAUUCUGUUUUCCUCUGUUACAGCCCCAAACCAAAAGGAUUCCACAAAAACUAGAGAUAUUAUACAGACCGGAAUCCCUGUCAAAUUCAGGACAAUGUCUCUGCUAUUUCAUCUUAGCUAUUCUAUUCUGAUAGAAAGAAAAAACAAAAGGACAAAAGAAGCAAGAAAGAUGUUUUUCAUGUGAUGUUUGAUACUAGAAUUGAUUCCAUUUCCCAAGUGUUUAUUAUCAUGCUUUAUGACCUAUGAUUGAAGAAAUUCUGUAUAUAAAUAUGUAUAGCUACUGUCGCUUUUGUAUUACUGUACGCUGAGUAUACAAACCGAUAAGAACACCUGCUCUUUCCAUGACAGACUGACCAGAUUAAUCCAGGUGAAAGCUAUGAUCCCUUAUUGAUGUCACUUGUUAAAUCCACUUCAAUCAGUGUAGACGAAGGGGAGGAGACAGGUUAAAGAAGGAUUUCUAAGCCUUGAGACAAUUGAGACAUAGUAGGUGUAGUAGGUGCCAGGCGCACCGGUUUGUGUUAAGAACUGCAAUGCUGCUGGGUUUUUAACGCUCAACAGUUUCCUGUAUGUAUCACAGUGGAGGCUCCUCAGAGGAGGAAGGGGAGGGCCAUCCUCCUGAGUGAAUUUCAUAAAAAUAAAAAUUGUGAAACAUUUAAAAAGUUAUUAUUUUUAGAUAAAACUCUACUAAAUAUAUAUGAAUGUCACCAAAUAGUUAAUUAAAACACACUGUUUUGCAAGGAAGGUCUACAGUAGCCUCAGUUCUUGUAUUGACUUCAAUUAAAAACCAGAGGAGGCUCAUGGCUCUCACCCCUUUCGAUAGACUUACACAGUAAUUAUGACAACAUCCAGAGGACGUCCUCAAACCUAUCAGAGCUCUUCCAGCAUGAACUGACAUGUUGUCCACCCAAUCAAAGGAUCAGAGAAUGAAUCUAGUACUGAAAGCAUAAGCUACAGCUAGCUAGCACUGCAGUGCAUAAAAUGUGGGGAGUAGUUGACUCAAAGAGAUAAAGACAAUUGUUGAACUGUUUGAACAAAUCAAUUUCUUCCAAAAUUAAGGAGAAGCAAGAGAGUGAAAGAGAGAGCUAGCUAUAUUUGGUAGUAUUUUAAAAGAAAACUUUCACUUAGCUAGCAAAUGCAGCUAGUUAGUUUAGCCUACUCAAGCACCCGGCUCAAACAGAGAGGGAUGCUAUGUUAGCUAGUUGGCUAUGGCUAUCCAACACUAACUCUUCCAAGUCAAGGUAAGCUUUUGGUUUUAUAAAUGUAUUGCCACUGGGGCCCACCGGUGUAACUGCUAAACUGCUUUCUGACUGUACACUGUACUCCAUGAUUGUAGCGGGUUUACUAACGUGUUAGUUCUAGUAGCUAUGUUGACUAUGAUGUGACAAUGAUGUAGGCUGUGUGUAAAGGUUAGGGGUCAUGAAAUGAAGGUUUGGCUUGGAAAGUGUUUUUCGCCUGGUCACAGACAGCUGAUGUGUGGUGCACUGAAGUCCACAAGCGAAGGGGAGGAGAGCACGUAGAUAGUUGCAAGAAGGAAUUAUAUAUACAAUGACAGUGAUCAUGCUGUUUUUAUGUGGCUGCUAUGAAAGUGAACUGUGUUGCGUGUGAUCAGGGGUGUAUUAAUUCUGCUGAUUCUGUUGAAAAACGUAACUUAAAUGGAAGCAAACUGAACGAAACAGGUAUAAGCAUACUUGAAUUUGUCCAAUAGAAACUCUCAUUUGCAACUGUUGGACUAAUGAUUACAUCCUAGAUCAGCUAGAUGCAGGCAAGAGUGUGCAAGGCGGUAUUGAGUGUGCCACUGUCUGUCACAUUGAUUAUCUCGACCUGUUGUUGCAACCUCAUAAUGGGUACAGUGAAAAUUAGAGGAUCAUGUAGUAGCCUAAACCUAUCGAUGUUACAUUGAGCUGAGUGAAUGGAAUAUGAAUGACAGUUAUCCAAUAUGCUGUAAUAGAAAUAAGGCCAUGCUCAUAAAAAAUUAUCAUCCUCCCUCAUCUUAAACGUCAGCUACCGUCACUGAUAUCAAGAAUGGUCCACCACCCAAAGGACAUCCAGCCAACUUGACACAACUGUGGGAAGCAUGGGAGUCGACAUGGGCGCCAGCAUCCCUGUGGAACUCAAUAUUAAGAAGGUGUUCCUAAUGUUUGGUAUACUCAGUGGAUAUUGCAUAGCACUUUGUUUUAGAGUCCAUUAUUUACCCAAUAUUUUCUUAAGAAAACAGAAUAACAUCUUAAUACUAUAGUUUCUUACGGUUUCAGCUGCGCGUUCAGGCUCAUUCCACCAGGCUAGGAUUCAGGAGGCCACAAAGUUUUGUUGAAUUGUUUGAAAUAAGUAACAGAGUAAAUACAGGGUUUAUUGUUGUUGUGUUAUAGGACUGUAAUUAAAGUGUUAGAUUGUAUUGACAUUUUUUUUUUAAACAUCAAAAAACCAGCAGUGACUGAGGGGUGACUGAUUGAUAGCUUUAUUGAAAUACCUUCAGUGGUGGGUAGACAGACACCAACACAAGUCGAUACCAACUGGCACUUAUUAAUUUGUUUUGGCUAAUUAUACAUACUGUGACUGGGAUUCAAUCCAAUGCACGUUGUAGAAAUGUGCAUUGCCUUUGACUUUUGAAGGGAAUUUACACUUGAUUACUGCUGCGUUUACACUGAAUUCGAUCUCCGCAAACGUCGGGAAAAUUGCCUUUAAAAGGCACAUUGUCAACAGUGCAACGCGCUUCCCUACAAUGCGCCUUGUAUUGAAUCCCUGCCACUCUAAGCUUAUUUCAUGGUCAGUGGUGUCUUUCACCCGCUGAUUCAAUGGCAGGUAAUGGGGGUAGCAUCCAUUUGACAGAUGUGGUGGUAGGUGAAGACACAGGGCACGUCGGACCAGGUCUGAGUGUUACUCUCCAGGACCACACAGUCCUCACCUUCAACCCCACCGGAGAGGUUGUUAUCAGGCUCCGAGCUCCAAUGGUUCCAGAACCUAUAGGGAAAGGGAGGUAGGGGGAGAGAAAAUAUGAUGGGCAGGAUGGAAUUGAAGUCACAGAGAGGGAGAGAGAUAAGACAGAAAAAAAGGAGAGGACAAAUAUCUGAGAAAAAAGACAGGACUGAGCAACUGAGAUAUUUUGAGUCAAUGUUGUACGUGUCAUGUUGAGAUUGUUGAAAGGGUUGCAGACAGUACAUACUUGCUUGUGAGCGUUGUGUUGUCCACCCAUCUCCAGUCCCCCUCUAUCUCUCUGUCUGAUAAGCCGAUCCAGAAGUAGGUAUUAAACCCACCAAUCCUACUGACCUCUUUUCCCAGGGCUUCCUAUAAACAAACACAUGGUUACGAUGAGAAGAACACACACACACACUAAUGCACGCACGUGUGCACACACACACGCACACACACACCCACACACACACACACACACACACACACACACACACACACACACACACAACCCCCACACACAGAGCGAGUCCCCAUGGAAGUGGGGCUGUGGUCAACCAUCUGUGCCCGCAGCCGUCAUCUUCAUCCUCCUCCUCAUCAUCACUGUAAUUCCUCAUCCGACGCCACAGACAGGUACACUUUGGUGAUUUCAUCAGAUAUUUAUUUUAGCUUAAAAUGUACUCAAUAUCUCUUAAAUGUUGCUUGGUCUGUUGGUACUGUACUGAGGUCCUGUGUGGUGUGGUUUCUAUUUCGGUUUUCAGGCGGUGGGUGAUGAUUGCCCCAGAGUGCAACGCAGAUUCUGCCACUGCAAAGAGUGAGUGAAUUUAAUGCACAGCAACACUACAAAAAAAACACACACACAAACACACCACGCACCCAACGCACACGCACGCACACACGCACACGCCACACACAACAAACACACCACACACACACACACACACACACCACACACACACACACACACACAAACACACACACACAACACACACACACCACACCACACACUCAGACCUCAAGUUUGGUUAGCUUGAGGGCUUAAAAAGUAUGGUUAUGGCCGGAAUGUGCAGAGUUGUCAACGGUGAGGGUUCAAGGUAGAAGCCUAACCUUCUCUCUCUUGCCAACUAAAUUCUAGAGGGAAAACAUGAUUUUUGUUGCCUUGGGUAUCUGUUGCAUCUCCCCAUAUUUGAGAAAAUCUGUGUGAGAAUGGUUUUUACAGUGCAACCAUUCAGUUUUCUUGUUACGCCCCAAAACAAAAGGAUUCCCACAAAAAAACUAGAGAUAUUUACAGACCGGACUCCCUGUCAAAUUCAGGACAAUGUCUCUGCUAUUUCGUCUUAGCUAUUCUAUUCUGAUAGAAAGAAAAAACUAAAGGACAAAAGAAGCAAGAAAGAUGUUUUUCAUGUGAUGUUUGAUACUAGAAUUGAUUCCAUUUCACCAGUGUUUAUUAUCAUGCUUUAUGACCUAUAAUUGAGCUAUAAUUGAAGAAAUUCUGUAUAUAAAUAUGUAAAGCUACUGUCGCUUUUGUAUUACUGUACGCUGAGUAUACAAACCGUUAAGAACACCUGCUCUUUCCAU